AUGGUUGCCUUUAGCGCUGGAGCGCUUCUACUGACGCUGCGCGUCCUCCUUUCCGCCACUCCCUCUACUGCGGUGCCUGUUGCUCAAGCACCAGCUCCAUCAGCAUCAGCAGCACCGGUACCAUCGGCCGCACCGGCACCAGCACCUCCAGCUGGUGCCUCUGGCUACUGGCUUGAGACCAUCAAGCGCCAGGGCCAGGCUCCAUUCAACCCCAACCCCGAAUCCUACAAGGUCUUCCGCAAUGUCAAGGAGCUCGGGGCCAAGGGCGAUGGUUCCACCGACGACACCGACAUCAUCAACAAGAUCAUCGCUGAUGGCGACCGUUGCGGCGAGGGCUGCGACUCGACUACCACAACACCAGCGCUCAUCUACUUUCCCGCCGGUACUUACAUGAUCAGCAAGCCCAUCAUCCAAUACUACUACACCCAGUUCGUCGGUGACCCAUUGAACAUGCCUAUUCUCAAGGCUACCGCGGACUUCGAGGGUAUGGGUUUGAUCGAUGCCGAUCCCUACAUCCCAGGCGGUGAUGGCGCCAACUGGUACACCAACCAGAACAACUUCUACCGUCAGGUCCGCAACUUCGUCAUCGACAUUUCGGCUACCAAGGCUGCUGCUGGAAUCCACUGGCAGGUCUCCCAAGCUACCAGUCUCCAGAACAUUGUUUUCGAGAUGGCCAAGGGUGACGCUGGCAAAGACCAGAAGGGUAUCUUCCAGGACAACGGUUCCGGUGGCUUCAUGACCGACUUGACCUUCAACGGUGGUGCCAUUGGUGCCUUCAUGGGUUCCCAACAGUUCACCAUCCGCAAUAUGACCUUCAAUGACUGCGGUACCGCCAUCUUCCAGAACUGGAACUGGGUCUUCACGUACAAGAGCAUCUUCAUCAACAACUGCCAGGUCGGUCUUGACAUGGCCAACAGCCCCGCUAACCAAACUGUCGGCUCUGUUCUCCUACUGGACAGCAAGUUCACCAACACCCCCAUCGGUAUUAACUCGUCUUUCACCGAAAACAGCAUUCCCACUACCGGCGGUACCCUCAUUCUCGACAACUGUGAUUUCAGCGGUUCCGAGAAGGCUAUUGUUGGUGCUGCUGGUAACACUAUCCUCGAGGGUGGCAAGAAGAUCGAGACCUGGGCUCAGGGUAACGCACUCGCUGCCGGAGCAACCCUAGGUCGUGUUCAGGGUGACGUCAACGGCGCACCCGCGAAGCCCCAGAGCCUCCAAGGCAACAACGGUUGGUUCGAGCGCAGCAAGCCCCAGUACGAAAACGUCGAUGUCUCUAAGUUCGUCAGCCUCAAAUCCAAGGGUGCAAAGGGUGACGGUAAGACCGACGACACUACUGCCAUCCAGGCUGCUAUCGAUGGUCUCCAGGAGGGCGAGGUUCUCCACGUCGACCACGGUGCCUACCUCAUCACCAAGACUGUUGUCAUCCCUGCUGAGAAGAACGUCAAGAUGGUCGGCGAGGUUUACAGCACUUUCUUCAUCACCGGCGAGUUCUUCUCUAACAUGGACGACCCCAAGCCUGGAUUCCAAAUUGGCGCCAAGAGCGGUGACAAAGGUUCUUUCGAGGCCUCCGAUCUCAUCAUCGGCACUCAAGGUCCUGCUCCCGGUGGUAUCUUGAUGGAGUGGAACAUCAACGCAGAGAGUGGCGCAGCCGGUCUUUGGGACGUUCACUUCCGUGUUGGUGGCUACGCUGGAACCAAGCUCCAGUCCUCCAACUGCAAGAAGAACCCCGAUGCCACCCAUGAGCCCAACCCAGAGUGCAUCGGCUCCUUCAUGCAACUCCACAUCACCAAGAACUCUAAUGGUUAUUUCGAGAACGUCUGGCUCUGGACCGCCGACCACGAGCUCGACCAGGACGAUCACUCUCAAAUCGACAUCUACAACGGUCGCGGUAUGCUCGUCGAGUCUCAAGGCCCCGUCUGGAUGUACGGUACUGCAUCCGAGCACUCGCAAAUGUCGCAGUACCAGUUCUCCGGCGCAAAGGACAUCUUCUACGGUGCUAUUCAAACUGAGACGCCGUACUACCAGCCUAACCCCACUGCUGCCGUCCCCUUCACCAAGAACGACAAGUUCUUUGACCCCGAUAUGAGCCAAGCCAAGGCUGCUUGGGCUGUCCGUGUCACAGAUGGCAGCGAGAGCAUCUGGAGCUACGGCGCGGGUACCUACUCCUUCUUCCAGAACUACGACCAAGACUGUGUUGUUGGCCAGAACUGCCAGCAGGAUAUGAACGAGAUUGCCAACUCGACCAACAUCAACUGGUUCGGUCUGUCGACCAAGGCUUCAGUCAACAUGAUCACUAUGGGUGGCCAGGGUCUUGCUAAGGAUGAGGACAACCGUUCCAACUUCUGCGCUACCCUUGCUAUCUUCGCUCAGGCGUAG